UCAAUAAAACGCGUGUGCCUUAGAAUCUUUUAUCUUCUCCUUUUUUUCAUUCCAUCCGCAUGGGCCAGAGAAAGUUCCUCCUUCAAAUUUUUUUUGACUUUCAAACAAACGAACCGCCAACGAGAUUCGUUAAAAGGGUUUUGAGAAAUGGAUUCCACGGAUCCGAAGAAAGGCGGUGGGUUUUUCUCCUCCAUCGCUGCGAGUAUAUCGAAUUUUGGUAGCGCUAUGAGCAAAUCAGUCAACGGUUUAAUUGGUUACGAAGGACUUGAAGUUGUUAAUCCCGAAGGAGGAACUGAAGAUGCUGAAGAUGAAGCAAGAAAAGGAAGAUGGAAACAGGAGGAUCGGGAUAGUUAUUGGAAAAUAAUGCAAAAGUAUGUAGGCUCCGAUGUCACAUCAAUGGUGACACUUCCAGUACUUAUUUUUGAACCAAUGUCAAUGCUGCAGAAAAUGGCCGAGCUGAUGGAAUACUCCUACCUGUUAGAUCUGGCAGAUGAAUGUGAAGAUCCCUACAUGCGAUUGAUGUAUGCUACAACAUGGUUUAUAUCUGUCUACUAUGCGCUCCAAAGAACCUGGAAACCAUUUAAUCCAAUUCUUGGUGAGACUUAUGAAAUGGUUAAUCAUGGUAGCAUUACAUUCAUAUCAGAACAGGUUAGUCAUCACCCUCCAAUAAGUGCUGGACAUGCUGAGAAUGAACAUUUCAUUUAUGACAUAACUUCAAAGGUGAAAACCAAAUUUUUAGGGAACUCAGUUGAUGUCUAUCCUAUUGGAAGGUCUCGAGUAACCCUCAAAAGAGAUGGUGUAGUCCUUGAUUUGGUGCCCCCUCCAACAAAAGUAAACAACUUAAUCUUUGGACGAACUUGGGUUGACUCACCAGGGGAGAUGGUCUUGACAAAUUUGACCACUGGAGACAAAGUUGUGCUUUAUUUUCAACCAUGUGGCUGGUUUGGAGCUGGUCGCUACGAAGUGGAUGGGUAUGUAUAUGAUGCUGCUGAGGAACCCAAGAUAUUGAUGACUGGCAAAUGGAAUGAAUCAAUGAGUUAUCAACCCUGUGACUCAGAAGGGGAACCACUUCCUGGCACUGAACUGAAAGAGGCUUGGAGAGUUGCUAAAGCACCGGAAAAUGACAGAUUCCAGUAUACACAUUUUGCACACAAGCUAAACAGCUUUGACACUGCUCCCAAUAAGUUAUUGGAAUCAGAUUCUCGUUUGCGUCCUGAUAGAUCGGCACUCGAGAGCGGUGACCUAUCCCAAGCUGGUUUUGAGAAGAGCAGACUGGAGGAGAGGCAGAGAGCUGAAAAGAGAAGCCGAGAGUCCAAGGGCCAUCAGUUCACUCCGAAAUGGUUUGACCCUACCAGUGAAGUUACUCCUACACCUUGGGGUGACUUGGAAAUAUACUGCUACAAUGGCAAAUAUACUGAACACCGGGCUGCUAUUGAUAGCUCAGAUGGCGUCAAAGAGACUGAUGUUUCAUCAAAAGAGUUCAAUCCCUGGCAAUAUGAAAUAUCGAGCCCUGAAUGAUCUAUGCCAUAUAUAUGUUACAUCAACAGAGUUCAACCCCUGGCAAUAUGAAAUUUUGGGCCCUGAAUGAUGUAUGCCACGUAUAUGUUUGCGUAAAUUUAUUUAUUUAUUUAUUCCAUUAGGUCAUAUUGUGUUUUAGCUAGUUCUAAUAUUAAUAUAUUAUUGCAAAACUUUUUAAAGUUUGAUAUGCAGUUUUGGUUUUUCAAGCA